AUGGUGAUGGCGCAGCUCGUGGGCCUGCGAAUGGGGGCCGUGAGCCGGGCUUUCCGUGCCAUGGGUACGCCCUCGGACUACAGCUUCACCUACAGCUUCUACCUGCGCUGCUGCGGGCUCCAUGCGCAGCACGAGCAGCUGGCAAGGGGCUCCUGGAGAAACUCUGGGGUCUUCCGGGCCUUCUUCUUAGGGAAGAAGGUGGAGUGGAAGGGCAAAGUCCGAUGGAGCCAGCAAACCGUCACAGCGGACACGGUGAGCGUCCACAUGAAGCUGCACGAGCACGUCUACGGUGAACCACUGCUUCUCAUGGCAGCACCGGGCAUGCUCGCAAGAGGACCCGCUCUGAGCCCUGGCGCCUGGAUCUUGCCACUUGGUGGCAUCUCCACAAGGCAGCCUCUCCAGUUCACAGAGGAGGAGCAUGGUCCAGCGUCGGACAGUGAAACGGACACAGCCCCGGAAACGGAGGAGGUGGAGUCGUCAUCUGGGGACGAGCGGUGGAACCGACGAGUGGAGUCGGAUGCAUCCGUGCCGCCAUCGCCCACGACCGUCGUGGCUAGCGAGGAGGCCAAGCGGAAGGCGGACGGCAGCCCUGAGACGGACAGUGACCGGGUCUGUGUCAUCUGCCAGGGGUUGCUGGCCUUGGGUGCCCGCUCCGAACCGGAAAACAGCCGGGAGCUCGACCGAGCUCUGUCAGAGCUAUCACAGCGUGAGACAGAGGAGAAGCUGAAGAAACAGCUCGCCACCUUAGAGACCAAGGCCAAAGACCUUGAGGUGGAACGCUCGGAGCUGACGAAGGAGCGAGACCAGCUGGACUUGAAGCUGCGGAAAGCAGAGGCGGAAUGCAGCAGCAAGGAAGCCCGCCUGAAUCGGCUCAUGGAGGAGAGCGACAAGUGGAAGCGAGUUCGGCUCCGGACAUGCCCAAAAAAGCCCAAACCGAUGUUGGGCCCUUGUCGCCAGGCUGCUGCCGCGACUGCGAACGUCCAGGACGCAGAAAGACGAGAGGAGCGCGACCGGGUCGCCUCUGACCGCAAAGAAGUAGACCGCUUGACCGGAGAGAUCAACGCCUUCAAGAAGCAGAUGAAGCUCAUCGAGGUGCUGAAGAGGCAGCGGGCUCACAUGGAGGCGGCGCGCGUCCUGUCCUUCACCGAGGACCCGCUGGGAAAGCAUGCUGUCUGGGUGGCAUGCCGACCGUCGGUACCCGCAGGCCAGGAAAAGGAGCGCAUCGCCCAGUCAGAUUCGAUGGUCGAAGAUGGUCAGUGCACAGCGGCUGGAGUGAUGGGAUCUGGUCGGGUCUUCGUGGUCACCGGCUCCAGUUUCCUGCUGGGUGGCUGGAUAUGUUUGUGCAAGCUUGCUGUCGCUGCUGACACUUGCUCCGUACCAUGCCCAGAGGACUGGCCACCUCCAGUGCCCCAAACAGCUCCGAAGGUGAAGACGGUGAAGCGUGUGCCAGCCGCGUGGCAGCCGCCAGCUGCCGGCGAAUACCUUCCAUUUACGCCAGCCGGUGUUCUCGGCUCCCCAAAGGCUGUGGAGGUUGAGCGCCAGAUCUACACCUUGCUUGGCGGGCGGCUUGCAAGGGAGAAUGCAAUUCCUACGCCUGAGACGCGGGUGAUCGCAGCUGUUUGGCCCGGUAACUUCGUCUGCGCAUAUCCAACUGCUGACGGUGGCCUCAUCGCGUUGUUGUCCUUCGAGAGUAACCCUGAGCGAGAUAAUGGAGCGCUGGUUCUGCUGCCAAAGACCACUCUGUCAGCUGGUGGUGGCAAGCCCAGGCGCUUGAAAAGCUUUCCCGCUGACGUUUUUGCCGGUAAUUUCUUCGUCAAGUCCUGCAACAGCAGCAUUCUGUUGUUGUGCCAAUUCAACUCCAAAUUAUAUCCUGUUGACGAUUGGGACUCUCCGCACAGCUUCGGCAUAAUCCGUGUGAUGCAAGCGAGCGAGUUCGGUCUUCACUGGUUCAAGAACUUCACCGUCGAACCUAACAUGGCUUUGACCGCAAUGACUUCAUGGGGUGAGUGCGGUGUUGCACUGAGCUUCCACAUGUGGCCAAAAGCUCCGCCCAAAGGCCGCAUUCCCGUGUUCAUGCUUCUGGACGAAGGCCUAACUCUUCCAGAGCUGCUGUCUGCCUGCGGUGAGCGCUGGUUGCACAUUGACUCCGAGAUCUUUUCGUCAAACAUGGCGGAGGUGACAUACCUCGUUGAGGUGGAUGGUGGUCUUGCUGGAACGAACCAAACUGCGUUGCUCUUCAUCAGCGGCCAAGACAUCACUCGCGAUGCAGGUCUUACGUUUGCGUGGAAGAUGAAUGUCACCUACUUACUGAAGCUCUCCGACGGAGCUCUCCUUGUUUGUGGGAGCGGGACGCUGAGCGUCUUCGAACCCGGUGCAGUUGCGCGCCUCGAGCAACCCAAACCGGUCGCAGCCAAGUUCACAGCCGACAUCAUCGCUGCCACUGAAAGCGCAGAUUCUGAUAGCGUGGUUAUCUUGUUGGCGACUGGCGUGGCUGUGACUUUGAGUAGACUUGGAUGGAAUCCACGCCGAAGCGAUUCGGUUGGUUCUGCUAGGACUGGCCAUGGGGCUCUCGCGUCUCUUGGUGACUCCACCUUCGCAGUUGCGUAUGCAACGGGCUUGAGACUCCUGAAGCUGUCUCAGCACGGAGCCACGUUGCCCGUGAUGUUUCCAGAGUUGGGCGAACGCAUUCACCGCAUCCACUCCCUGGAUGAAGGGGUAGCGGUGAGCACUGCCAACAACUGGGUUUAUACCUACCGCCCAGCAGACCUUAAGGCAGUGGGUCUGCCAUCGAAGAAGCCAUUCAAGAUCUUCUCCGACGGAUAUCCCAUCACAAUCUUGGAGGUGUCUGAGGACAUUUGGGUUGCACACGUGUUUACGAUGGGGAAGACUAGCUUCACAAUUCAGCUUUAUGACUUCGGCGCAUCCGUAUAUCCUUGGUGCAACCUAACCCCACCUAUCUACGACCGGACCUUCUACGCCAUGAAUUGGGGGUACCAGAUGGCCAGAGGAACCAUCGUAGCUAAAGAUGGCAACGUUGUGGUACUGGGAGCUAGUGGAUACGUUUGGAUUGACCACGACCGGAUGAAGUUUUCGAGUGGUUCCAAGUGCCUCUUGGGCGAACCUGGGUAUCACAUGUCGCACUUUGCAAAGAACCCGUUCACAGGCUUUGCUGACCUUGGUGGCCGUGUGGUUCUCUCCGUCACAUCGUGGAAGGAGCCACCAUGUGCCUGCUUCAAGGACGAGGGCAGCUGGAGAGGUGGUGCCGCAAUCUAUGAAGAAAGCAACCUGAGCAGUGGUGGUUGGCCGUAUCUCAGAGUCGGCCACCACGAGACAACUGGAGCGCUGCCGCUACGCACUGGGGGUUUCUUAUUGACGACAGGCCAGGGAUUGGAGUUCUAUGGGCCCAAGGCCACGCUUCGCGGAGGCGAACCUGAGGCCACUCUCCCGUUCUAUUUUGGCAGCAGCAGUUUCGUCGUCGACACCUGGCCGGGCGGUCAGGACUUGUAUCUUCCCGGGGUGGUGCCUCUAUCCUGGAAGCCAGCCUUGGUGGUUGCUGGAAGUGUCUUGGUUGCGCAGCCAGUGCCCGAAGGAAGAUACUCACCCGACGGCCAGCCGAUGGCUCUGACCUGCCCCAACGGCUGGACGUCGCCGGCAGGCAGUGGCAGUUGCCCUGUCCACACUUGGGCUCUCGUGAACACGGCACCCGUGCUUCUUGCAGCUCUCUGCGUUGCCGUGGGGUGCUGUGCACGACGCUGGCAACGGCUUUUGCACCGCACUGAGGCCUGCUUUGCACUGCUGGCUGCAUGCUUGUCACCAGAUCAGGUCUCUUCUUGGUGCUGCUUGGGGCAUGUCCUUGUGACCUUCUGGGGGUGGCGCCAUGAUGCGGGUGCUGCAGUGCUACAUGCAAUGGCGGUGCCCAUGCUUGCUGCAGCACUCCACGCCGCUUGGCUUCAAGCUCUUGCUUUUCGACAUGGAGGGGCCUUUCAGGACCGGGGCUGUCACGAGGUGCUCACACCUUUUGGUCACCGGGUCUGCGAGACUAAACUCGGUCCAGCCAUCGCGUUUGUCGCCAUCGCUUGUGCAGCUUUGGCCGGCUUGAUCCUCGCGGGAAGCGCCGCGGGUCGAGCGAGCACAACUCGCUGGGUCGAGGCUUCUGCCACGCGGUCCACCCCCCUGCGCGCAGCUGUCGCGAUUUUCACCACCUGGCGCGGCAAACAGCUCAUCGCUGCUGGGAACGCCCUGAUCAGCUUCUGCAUCUUCCUCCACACACAUUUGUCGCUUGGUGAGACUGAUCCCCUGAGGGCCAUCACCUCGGUCUGCACCUCGCUCGGUUUGCUGUCCGUGGUAUGUGGUGUGGUGAAUGCAGCGGCAUGGCAGGGGAGGCUUCCCCUGUGGCCCGAGGACACCCACUUCCGAGUCACGAUUGUGCAGAAACACGUGCUCGUUGCCAUGAAGCUCUGCAUGUUAACCUCUAAGCACCAGACGCCCCUCGGUCCAGAACUCGAGCACCUCUGGCAAUGCCGCCUCCCCUCAGACCUGGCGUUUGUGUUCCGAUCGAAGAACUCCAAAGCGACAGCAGCUUUGCAGUUGUUGAAUGCCGCUGUGCCGCCCGCUGGUUCAGUGUCUUAA